GAGCUGAGGUCUGAGAUGCUGGAGAUGAGGGACAUGUACAUGGAAGAAGACGUUUACCAGCUGCAGGAGCUGCGGCAACAGCUGGAGCAGGCAAACAAGACCUGCCGCAUCCUGCAGUACCGGCUCAGGAAGGCAGAGCGGCGCUCUCUCCGCGUGGCCCAGACGGGGCAGGUGGACGGAGAACUGAUACGAACGCUGGAGCAAGACGUCAAAGUGGCGAAGGACGUGUCCAUCCGUCUCCACAGCCAGCUGGACAGCGUGGAGAAGAAGAGGACUCGUCUGGAGAAGGAGAACGAGGAGCUGAGGGUCCGACUGCAGGACCUGGAGGUCGCCAAACAGGUCCUGCAGCAGGAGAUCGACAAGAACUCCCAGAAGAAAAGAGGAGCACGACCCAACAACAAACCUGACAAGAAGCUCGGUCCGCAGGAGGACAGUUCAGACCUGAAGUGUCAGCUCCACUUUGCCAAAGAGGAAUCAGCCCUGAUGUGCAAGAAGCUGACCAAGCUGGUGAAGGACAGCGAGGCCAUGAAGGAGGAGCUGGCCAAGUACAGGUCGCUGUACGGAGACGUCGACGCCACGCUCACCGUGGAGGAGGUUGCGGACUCCCCCCACACCCGCGAGGCGGAGAUCAGAGUCCACCUGAAGCUGGUGGAGGAGGAGGCCAACCUGCUGAGUCGACGCAUCGUGGAGCUGGAGGUGGAGAACCGGGGGCUCCGAGCCGAGAUGGACGACAUGAAGGGACCGCAAGAUGGACCUCAGGAACUCUCUGGUGUUGGCGGCGGUCUGGGGGUGGGUCUUGGUCUCUCGGGAGGAGCCAUGGUUCUUGGAGGAGGGGCUUCGUCUGAAAACGUCAUGGAGCUCCAGAGACACCUCCAGUUUGUGGAGGAGGAGGCGGAGCUUCUGAGGAGGUCUCUGAUCGAGAUGGAGGAGCAGAACAAACUCCUGAUGAACGAGAUCAACCGCUACAAAUCCGAACUCCCGCCGCUGACGUCCACGCUGUCGUCCAAUUCGUUAACGUCUCUGACGGACGGGCUGCUCAACGACAGCCCCGUGCACUCCAUACAGGAAGCGGCGGUGCUUAUCAGCACGGACACCCCCGCCCAGGAGGAGGAGCUCAGGCUGGCGAGGCUUCAGAUCGGAGAACUGAGCGGGAAGGUGAAGAAGCUGCAGUACGAGAACCGGGUGCUUCUGUCCAACCUGCAGCGCUGUGACCUGGCCUCCUACCACGCUCCUUCCUCCUCAUCCUCCUCCUCCUCGCUGCGACUGGCUCUGGAGACGGAUGCAGAGGCGGGAGACUCCGCUGAGUGCCUCCCCACCAGCCCUCCUCACCGCAAAGAGCCCGUGGGCGGCGAGAACGACGGCCCGGAGAUCAAGGAACGGAAAAAGAAGAUCGAGGACAACGCUGACACGGCAACUUCGCUUCCUGGGUGCCUGGGGCAGAAGGACCAUGAUGCCUUGCUGGCCAUGAGGGACCAGGCUCGCUUGGUUUCCACGGCGAUACAGCUCCUGACCUCCCCGGAGUCCAACUGCCUCUCCUCGCCCCCAUCCAUCUAUCACAAGGUCUGCAGCAACGACGCAGCGGAGCCGUGUGACCUGGAGAAACCUCAGGCUCACAGUCAGAUUUCAGAACUGUCUGACUUGGCCGACCGGCCUCUGGUCGGAGCUCUGACCAGCAGGCUUCAGGCCCUGCACACCCAGCUGCAGGCCUUCGUGGAGCGGGUGGACGGCCUGGGUAAACCCCCAGCAGGUGGGAGGGACCCUCAGGUGGAAGGAGCAUCUCCCCUGCCCUCACCCUGCGCCUCCCUCAUCUGCUCCGGAGACGAGCAGAAUGGACUGAACGCUGCAGAGGAGAAGCAGCCUGAUUAUAGGGACCACACAGAGCCAGAGGUGAAAGGUCAAACUGAAGAGAACAGCCAAUCAGACAGCAAUGAGCCAGAAAAGCAGGCAAGCAGCGAGCAGGAGCAGCAGGAGAAGGACACGGAUGAAGCAUCGCGCUUUAGUCAUGCCCGGCUGUCCGAGGCAGAGGAGUCUGCUGACGGAGCUCAGGAGGAGCUGGAGACGGAGAGAGAAACCACUCUCAAACUCACACAGGACGAGCACCAGAAGGCUCUGCUCCGUCGGGACUUCCAGCUGCAGAGUUUGGGUCUCCAGGCUCGGCUGCAGCGGAAGUUAUGGAGCCAGGAGAGGACUCUGCUGGUCCAGGAGUCUCAGCACCUCAAACAGGCCCUGUUACUGCUCAGCCUCAAGCUGCGCUGCUUCCUCAAACAGUGGAGGCUGGGCUGCAAGAAGGACACGGAGUGGAAGGAUGUCUUGGAGAUGAACAGCCUGAAGGAUCUCUACCUGCUGCUGGAGGAGGACAACCUGACAAGCCCCGCCCACCAGACUGACAAGAGGUCUGCUGCAGACGAACAGCCGCUCAGCCCGACUAUCAAGUCGAGCGCUGUGAGCAGCACUUUGGCCGACCUGAAGGUGGCGCUGCAGGAUCUGAGCGGUGAGCUGCGACAGGAGAGACAAGGCUCCCAGGAACUCACCCAGCAGUUUGCAAAGGCCAAGGCAUCAUGGGAAGUGGAGAGGACCGAGCUGCAGAGCCUCAUCACGCAGCUUGAGACCAAAGCAGGUAAAGCAGCUGCAGCUCUGUCCUCCACUGACGCACCGGAUCCUCCAGACCUGAAGGUGGCGCUGAAGAGGGAGCGUGAAGAACACCAGCACCUCCUGGCUGAGUCCUAUGCCGCUGUGAUGGACCUCACUAAACAGCUUCAGAUCGGAGAGAGGAACUGGGGCAGAGAGAAGCUGGAGCUGCUGGAGAGGUUCAGCCAGGAGAGAGCGCAGUGGGAGCAGAGACUGAGAGAGGCCACUGUACAACAGGGGAAGUCGAAGUCAUCAAGCGGCGAGUCAUCCACGGACACGGUUGUUGCCAAUGGAGCUGGAUCGCCAAGGACCAAGUCCACGUCAGAGCUGGAUCGGCCCGAGGUCAACGGAGCCGCCGACCAGGAGGAGAAAAUCCAGUUUGCAGUCCCGCCUCUUUUGAUUCGCCCAGAGCUCGGUGACCUCACCAGGAAGAACUGGACCUACCUGACCAAUGAGACUCCAGAGGUCGGGGACACCUGUAAAACCUGGGACGGUCCCAGCGGCUCCUGCAGCAGCCUGGUGGGAUCAGAGCUGGAUCUGGAGUCUGUCCAGAGGAGCCACACCGCUCCAGACCGCACCGGCAUCCGGAUCUACUACAGCCCUCCUGCCGUGAGGCGCAUAGAGCACCGGAGACAGAACCAGCACGCCAAAGAGCCACAGCAGGCGCAGAACGGGAGCUCGUCCCUGGGAUCGAGCGUCUGGGACGGGGGCGUGGCUACGGAGGAAACCCUCGGGGUUCAGCAGCAGCAACAACCCUCUUCCUCCUUCUCGUCCUCGUACGAGCAGUGGCUGAGCUCGCUGUCCAAGCAGCACAGGGAGCUGCUGGAGAGCAGGAGCGGCUGCAUCGCUGGCUCGAUCCCCGGCGGCCUCGGUGGCUCAGCGAACAGCGUGGUCGACGGGAUGACGUCCUCUUCGGCUUUCCACGGCCUGGAGAUCGGGGAGAUUUCUGCCAACUUAAGUGACGACAUGAAGGAGAUGACCAACUGUGUCCGUCAGGCCAUUCGCUCCUCGUCUCUGGAGAGGAAGUCCAGCAAGGAACCGGGAAGUCAGGCGGUUGGCAUGUCCACCAGGUCCACGCAGACCGCCGCCCAGUACGUCAGCAUCGGGCUUCAAACCGACAACCUUCCCGGCAGCAGGGGGGCGGGGCUGCACUCCAAAGCCUGGUCUCCUCGUCCCUCGUCCACGACCACCUCCUCGCUGGUGUCGGCCCGAACCCGGCAGAUAUCUACGUCGCUAGAUAAAGUUCACAGCCGCAUCGAGAGGCCGUGCUGUUCGCCCAAGUACGGCUCACCGAAACUGCAGCGCAGAGUUUCCUCUGGCUCCACCUCCAGACUGGACAGCAACUCCUCCUCCAGGGACCGCAGCCUGUGGAGCCUCCAGCAGAGACCCCUGGGCGGAGGCGGAGGCGGAGGCGGCGGCUCAGCCUGGGCUCGCUCCACCACCACCAGGGACAGCCCCGUCCUCAGCGGCCUCACCGACGGCCUCUCCAGCCUCUUCAGCGUGGUGGAGCACGCCGGGAGCACAGAGUCGCUCUGGAGGGGGGACGGAGGAGCCAGCCAAGGUGCCAGUCCAGCACGCCAGCCCCCCGCCGCAGGAAAACCCUCUGGAGCGGCGGCCUGUGGAUCUGACGCCGGCUCUCAGCGGUACGGAGGCCUGGUCCAGGAGUUCUUCAGGAACGUGUGCAGCGGCCGUGGCCCGGGAGGAGUCACCCUGCCCGGGGAGAGAGCGCAAAGAGACUCCCUGGGCAGCCUGGGUGUCCUGGGGGGGUUCAGCGGCGUGGAUGAGCCCAAGCCAGAGUGCAUGUCAGCCGGGGUCGGAGGGCUCGGAUUGGGUGCAGGCAACGACAACGUGACCAGGAUUGUUAACAAGAGGUUCAUGAGGCAGACGGCCGGGGAGGAGAUGGUCAGCAUCAUGGGAGGAGGGAAGGAAACACUGAGCAGCGUUGGGGUGGUGGCGGCGGUAGCGGCGGCGGCAUCUGGGACGGAGGAUGCACCAUGUGACUGCACUGCCCAGUCUUCCUGCUUUGCCCGACCAUCAAGAGCAGCAGCUCGCCAUUCACUGGGACAAUGCAAGCACCGCCCACAAGAGUCUCCGGCGGCAACCGAGGAGAAGAGGGACGUCUGCAACGAGUGA